AUGGAUGACAGAUUCGCGGAUCCCCCUACUCCUACUCUAGAACAAGGGAUUGUCUUUCAGAAUCCCGCCACCACCACUUCUACUGUGAUGACUGACACGGCUGGCACGACUGGCACGACUGGCACGACUGGCACGACUGGCACGACUGGCGGCCCUGGAUGUUCAGCCCCUAUCCCGAAUGGGGCCGGGUGGCCUGUACAUGAGAGCGACCCAGAUGCCAAGUACCUCACAAUCAUAUCAAAGCUUGAAAUCCUGGAGGCCGGGCAGAGUCUGAUUCUGGACGACAUCUCCAUGCUGUCCUACCGGGUCUCCAAGAUUGCCGAAAUGAUCCAGACGCCAUACGGGGCCGGACCAUCUGCUAUCAAGAGCCCCAAAACGAGCUUCUCGAAGAGCCUGCAUACACCCAAAGUGCCUGUUAUCAACGUCAGGAAGCCAGAGACGGAGCCCUCAUCUCCUAAGAUCAUUAUCCCACGAACGGCCAAAUUUGCUCGCUUCGAGAUCCAGUUUGAGUCUCCAGAUCAGAUCGUCGAAGAGUGCGACCUCAAGUCAUCUGACAUCCCAUCGGCCAACGCCGGGUUGGCUCUUCCUGAACAUACUCCUACGAAAUCUACCCCCGGGUCUCUGUCCGUAGCUAGUUCAUGCACUAAGUCUCUAGAAACAUCUGAAGAUCAGAACAUUGAAAUACUUUCUCAACCAGACUAUCACGUUGAAAAGUGUAUUCCUAAACGAUCGGGCGGAAGCGCUUCAUCCUCUCUGUCGUCCGAGGAAUCUGAGCUAGUCAGACAAGGGCAAGAUGGAGAGGACGAGGCAUCCGGGCCAGUCAUCCAGCGACUGGCGAACAACGAUGCCCUCUUCAGCUACUUUGUACGCUAUCUAUCAAAUCCAAAGACCAGCUUCAUCCGACAGAUCGCCACCGUGCCCGACGAAACUGCCCACUUCCUGGCACGCAGCUUCCAAGACGCUGUCAGAAAGCCUAACCAAGCGGCACCCAUCGCUGGUCCUGAAUUCUCUGAGAUCCGUGAAACUGUCGAUAAGAUGAGUAGCAACACUCGUGUCGACCUGUAUAUUGAACUCAGUCAGCGGUACCGCAAGAUUUAUGGGAUGGGAAACUAG